CGCAGUUUAGGAGUCAAGUAAAUAGACAUUUAGCCUCCACCACGUGCAUGUGGUGUUAUGGGUGAAGCCAUGUGAGAGCGAACUGGGUGGUGCCACGCUUUCUGACCAAGCGUGAAGCUCUGGAAAAGUUUCUUGUCUAGAGAUCUUAAUGCAACGUUAUACAGCUACACGUUUCCCCGACUUAAGUUUUGCAUGCAUACUAAAUCAACUUUAGCUCCAGAUGAUCUCAGACUGGUUUCACCAGUUUUGGCUUCACACGAGUUAAGCUCUACGUAUGUGUGGCGGUAUUGUGAAUGACCACCCUGGCACACCUGGAUAAGAGUCAGGACGUAAAUCUUUCCAGUGACCGAUAUUAUAAUGCAGAAAUACUCCAGGACGGGCUAUGCAGCCUGCAACACCAUGGCCUGGACACUGGAGACACACUAGAAGCCUUACAGAGCUGCCUGGAUCCAUCCAUUCUGUCCAUUUUUGAGGACUCCCCAGUCGGAGAGGUUAAAACUGGUGUUUAUGAAGAAAGUGAGGCCACACUGCUCACAGCUCUUACUGAAAUACUUGACAAUGUAGAUGAUGAGAACCUUUCUCCAUUUGAUUCCUUACCUGAUGCGGAGCUGUUACAAGGGCAGAAGGGCCAUGAGCAUGCAUCGCUGAGGAAAUUCAUAAGCCUCUCACGCACUCCAGAGAAGGAGUCUAUGUUGAGUUCAACGCAAUUUCCUGGAAAGACACUUCCUUUUACAUCUAAUGGGUCCCUGCAGAGAUGUGAUGAAGAAGAUGGUGAUGAAAGUUCUCCCAUGCUUGUACAAGAUUUGGGAGAAUCGUCAGUGGAUGAACUGGACUGGUGUCUUCCCAUAUUUUUGGAGCAGGAUGGAGAGAGCAUGUCUGUUAAUCUCAACGACUUGGUCAAGCGCAUCCACCCAUAUUCCAUGACCCUGUGUAUGGAGGGAGAGGAGCAACUACUACCUGAAGGAGGAAUUGUGCUUGAAGUGAUUGAUAAUGGUGAACAUGGAGAACCCAUUCUGGCCAUCCCAGACUUGAGUGUCCCCCUUUCUUUGCCCAGCAGAGACUCUGCAGAGGGCGAACAGAGCAUCCCUGAGAACAGUGCUGAAAAGGCCAGUAUUAAGCCGGAUGACAUCCCAGCAGAAGAGGCCCGCUCCUCUGAAGUUUCACUUGUCAAGAAUGGCGUAGUAGAGAAUGUGGUAACUAAACAGCCUAAAGAGGAGUUGUCAAAAAAAUGUCCUUCUAAACGAAAAAAGAAAUGGAAAGUUGAUAAAUCCCAAAUUGUUGAAGGAAGAGUAUUAAGGAGUGCAUCCUCUAAAAGGGCAGUAGAAGAGCCUAUCAGAGAACCUCAAGAGCAGGAAAAGAAGAAGAAAAAGGUGUCAUUUGCACCUGUCCCUUCUGUAGCUAUGCCUGAGAAGUGUAAGGUUGAAAAGGCAACCGAGGUUGUAAAUGAGAUUCCUGCUUCGAUUUUAAUAACCUCCAAACCCACAGUUCAGGCCCCACCCAGAGAAUUUUGUACUGAAGUCCUAGAAUCAAAGCUGGUGCCCAUCCCUGAUGACAAACUAACAACAGUUGCAUUACCUCUUGAAAAAUGUGGAGAGAGUGGGACCUCCAAAGAGGAGCCUGCGGCCAGUCCACCAAGUGAACCUAAACCCAAAUCACUCAGUUUACAACAGUACCGUCUUCUUCGUCAACACAAGAAACCACCAUCUCCAGAGAAGACUGGCGAUAACAGUACUAAAUGGCCCUCGCUGCCAGAAACACCCAAGGAGCUUCCUCCAAUCCCAUGUCUGCCUGACCUCAACCCCAGAGACCCACGUCGUCCGUCAACUCCUGCGAAGAAGGAGCCUGCUGCUGAAAUCAUGCCAGCAUGGCAGCCAAGAGGACCUGCAGCACCCCCGACUCCUGAGGCGUUGCUAAUUCCGCCAGCAUCAAUGUUGGCCUCCUCUAGAAAACCAGAGCCCCUUAAAUCAGGUCCUCCACCUCCCUCUAAACCUGCAGAAAAUUUGGCCUCAGUACAGCCUAACUCAGUUGUACCCUCAGUACAACCCAGCCCCCCAAAGCUAACCAUAUCCACCAAUGUGCCACAAAACACUAUUCCCAGGACGGUUUCUCCCCCUGCUAAGCAGACACCAAUUGAAAUGCCUGUAUCACUACCGGUUGCUACCACAAAUGGUGCUUCUCAGAGCCCCCAUGCAGCCGGACAGACAAAGUGUUUACAAGAUACUCCUUCCGCUUCUGCUCAAGUGAUCGUUUCUAAGGUCCAGGAAAUCUGUAAGCCUCAAGCCAUGACUGACAUUGCCACUAGAACCACUACAAACGUUCAGACCUCUAAUGCUAUUACUAAUAAACCUAAUGCUGCUGUGCCUCUAAAGAGAGUUGCUGAACAGACUGUGGGAGCUUCUGUGCCUGAACUAGCAAAGCCACCCCUGCCUGCCAAUAUUACCAGGCCUGCUGUAGGCUCACAGCGUCAUGUUGCACCCAUAGCUGCUCAGCCUUUUGCAUCUGCUCCGAUUCAGGCCAGAAUUGUGAAGCUGGCAGAGCAGAUGAGGAUGGCUUCAGUUCCAGUUACUAAAGCGAAGAGCCCUACAGCAGAGCUAAUUGAGUCUUUCACUAGUGAAAUUGGUAUUGAAGCUGCUGACCUCACCAGUCUUUUGGAGCAGUUUGAAGAGACUCAGCCCAAAGAGGAGCAGAGUCUGCCGGAGGUCUGUGGUAGAGCAGCUGCUGUAGGAAACUCCAGUACUGAGCAGCAUGCAGAAUCUAAGGCCCUCAAGAAAGCUUCCAGUCCUGACUUGGCUAGCACCGCAGGCCUUACACCACCAGCCACACCUCCUCAUCAGAUGUGGAAGCCCUUGGCACCAGUUGCAUUAUUAGGAAAACCAAAGAAUUCUGAAGUGCCCAAACCAACUCCAACCAAGGCCAUUCAAAUAGAGCCCCGGCCCCUUAAUUCAGGAAAGCUGCCCAGUAAGCCUCAGGCGUCCGUUACCCUUGGGCCAACCCAGCCAUUUUCCCUAGACCAUGAUUACUGUGUCGUUCCCAAGGAGGCCUCCCAGAAAGAGCUUGGCAGUCGCUGGAAUAUCAAACAACAAUCAAGCAUCAUGAUCAAGUCUAUUGAGCUGCCUUCUAACCACAAGGCACCCCAGCAGUGUGAUUCCAAGCUUGUUUCAGCCCCCUUUGCUACAGGAAGCAUCCAGAAAAAUCUCAAACCUAGUCAGCCUAAAAAGGAGCCCUUGACCAGCACAUUCAUGGUGACUCCGGAUGCUUCUCCUGAUAGGAUGGAUACGGAGUGCUCGCUGCAGGAUGAGAAUAGCAGUAGACAUCAGAAACUCCAAGGAUACUCUGAACGAUCUCCCAGCCCAUACCAUCAAAAGAGAGGACGCUCCCAUAGAACUUACAGAACUCGGAUAUGCAGCAGCUCUGGGUCCAGGUCCAGCAGCUCUGAAUCCUCCAGGUCAUGCUCACGCUCACCAUCCAGGAAAAGGUAUAGGUCUGGUCAUUCUGGCAGCAGUUCCGGGUCACCAUCUAGGUUCCGUUCACGCUCCCGUUCCUACUCCCGGUCACCUUCCCCACCUCGCCGGCGAAGGUACUCUUACUCCAGCUCGUGCUCUAGGUCCUGGAGCCGCAGCCAGUCCAGGUCCCGGUCUCGUUCCACUUCCCGUUCCCGAUCCCGCUCUCCUCCUCCAAGACAUCAACACUGGAACACUCACUUCGGCCCUUAUCAGAGAGCCAACUACUGCUAUGAUUCAAGAGAUGAUACUAAAGAAACAAGAAGGUACAAGGAGAAAGCUAUUGAGGAGCGAAGAGUAGUUUACGUUGGACGCAUUCAUGGUGGCAUGACCCGAAAAGAGCUAAGGGAGCGCUUCUCGUACUUUGGAGAGAUAGAGGACUGCACUGUGCACUUUAGAGAGCAAGGAGACAACUAUGGCUUUGUCACAUACUACAGCACAAAGGAUGCAUUUAACGCAAUUGAGAAUGGAAGCAAACUUCGACAGCCAAAUGAGCUUCCAUUUGAUCUGUGCUUUGGAGGCAGGAGACAGUUUUGCAGGACCAGCUAUGCUGAUCUAGAUUCUAAUCAAGAUUAUGAUCCAGCUCCUGCAAAGCGUAAGUUUGAUGCACUAGACUUUGACACUUUACUUAAGCAGGCUCAGAGAAACUUGAAAAGGUAACGCUGAAGAACGAGGACAUCGGAGGAGAGAUCAUUACCUCAGUGCAACAGGCUAACGCACACCUUCCAAUGCUGCCAUUCAGUUAAUGUCAUUUUUGGUUGUUUUUCUUUUGCCCCCUAUUUGUGGUUUUGUUUCUGCAAGCUUACACCUUCUAUUGAAGUGAAGAUUUGUAUGAAAAAAGUAAAAGAAGAAAAAAAUAGCAUACAAUGAAAUUAUGUGAUGAAAAAUAUGAAUUUUUUAAAGGAAGAAUUUAUUUAAAUGCUUGGUCUGAAAAAGUAAAUGUUAGAUACCUUUUAUCAACUUGGAAGUUGACUUGAACAAGCUGUCAGUGCUGAGGGAUGCAUUUACAUUUCUGAAAAUGUAUUUCGACCCAAAUAAAACCCUUAAAAGUACUUGUAUUUUAA